ACUGGAAUAAAGAAAAGAAAGUCUUUAUAAUCAAUCGGAUUGAAUUUUAUAAAUUCGUUAAAUUUCUUUGUUAGCUUUCGCGAAUAGUGACGCGACGUUGCCGCUCUUACUUGUGUAACUUUCAAGUACAACGAAAGGCUUUUAAGUUGUAAUAUUACAAAAAUUACAACUAAUUUUGUAAUAACAUUCCUUCUAACUGUUAAAAAGUAAUGAUCCAGUGUCUUGAAAUGUGUAUUUUGGAACAAUCUUCAUUUUCUGACGCAAUAACGGUUUGGCAACAGCGCGCGGAGUUGGAGUGAAUACGCCUAUACAAAUGUAUUAAAAAGCCAAUUGGAACAAACAGUUCCUUCACACUUUCUCCAUUGAAUGAGGUACUAGGGCCUCCGCGCCCGGUCGCUGCAUACGACGGGAGGACGGGCCGUGGGGGGAUCGGCGAGUGGCAACAGCCGGCAACAACAAGCAACAACUGGCAACGGCUGGCAACAGCUGGCGAGUGACCAGACGAGCGACGUUGUUUGCUACAGCCAACGCACUUUGGUGCCGAUUCACCCUCCGCUCGCGCAACCCGACCGAAUGUUGAGAGCGGGCGCGGGGCAGCCGGAGGCAGCCGAGCAGCAGCAGACGGUAGCGUCGCCUACACAGCAACAGCAACAAGUGCAGUGCGACGAUCCGUCAGCGAUGUACGCGACGCUCAACGAGUACCUGCAGAUGGAGGGCAAGUUCCAGCCGAGGUUGGGCUUGCCGCACGAGUCGGAGAACGGCGAGGUGACGAUAGGCGCACGGGACGGCGCUGCGCACGUGCUGCGCUGUCUCAAGGUGUGGUUCGAUUUGCCGACCGACGUGUUGAUAAGUGCCGUUAGUCUGUUUGACCGGUUCCUAACGAAAAUGAAGGUGCGCCCGUGCCACGUGCCCUGCAUCACUGUGUCGUGUAUGAACAUCGCUAUCGACGAAUACGCUGAGGAGCAUAAGCAGGCGCGCAACGUUAGCGUUGAGGAGUUGGUAUCAGUAUCCCAAUCGGCGUGCACGUCCGGUGACGUGGCCCGCAUGUCGCGUGUAGUACGGGACAAGCUGGCACUGGCCAGUGGCGGGGCGCUGACUGCAGCUCGCUGGCUGCGCUUGCUGCGCGGCAUCGUGGUGGUCGCUGCACGGGAGAUGGGGGUGUGCCCUCCGCUAUCCGAAGAGAAGCUAAUGAAACUGCUGGAGAUAGCAGUUUGUGACGCAGAGUGUGUUAACGCGAGGAGCAGUGAACUGGCGUUGGUUAUAUUGUACCAUCAGUUAGAAUUGGACCUCGUAGAGUGGAGUAGAGAAGGUGGUCCCGUACCGGAGGAGGCGUAUUGCUUGUAUGAAUUCGCCGCGCAACUGCAGGCGUAUUGUCAUAUGAGCGACGCGUCCCUAGUGGCGGUUCGUACGCGUUUCCGCAGCGUGUUGGCGCGGUACGAGGCUCGAGGUGCGGCCGUGCAGCGGCAGCGGCUCGUGUGGCGGCUCAGCGAGCGGACCCGUAAGGUGCUACGUCCAACAGACAAACUUACAUCGAUGCUGCCAACGAUCGAGGAACAACACUUCGCUGUCGACUCUACGCCCGUAAGAAACAGAACCGGAAGCGAAAGCAGCGAAUGCGAAGAGACAUCCGAUUGGCCGAGAAGCCCCGUACUGCCUGUGUACUGCGACAACUAGCAUAGCAUAAAUAAAAAAAAAAUAAAAAAAAAAAUCAAACUCAACACUUGUUCUUUAUUUAAAUUUGGCGGGAACAUGUCGAGGGAAAAGCAAA